CACGGAUCCUGCUGCUGGUGACCCCGCUGUCCCCCUGCACGGGGACCCCCCUGGUUGUGUCCCCCCCCAGGACUGGGAGAGGUGCCCUUGGUGCCCGGGUUCCUCCUGGCAGGGCCCUGGCACUGCCCAGCACACGCAGCACUGAGCACUGGUGCUGAGCCGUGCCUGGGCUGGGGGCUGUGCGGGCGGGGGGGAGUGGGUGUCCCGAGCCCCCAGUUCCUCAGGGGGAAACUUGGGGUUUGGUGGAAUUUUCCACCGGGAAAAGCGGGGCAGAGCCAGGCGCAGCCCCGGGUGAGGGCAGAGUCCCCUACCCCCGGCACACCCCGGCGUCCGCAGGGCUGCUGCUGGUGGCAGAGCUGGCACACAGUCCUCGCCGUAACCGAGCCCCGGCUGCUACCGAACACCCGCUCAGCACCGGUGACAGAGACCCCCCCUCCCUGCCCGGCAGCACCGGUGUCACCAGGUCAACGCCAUGGACCCCAAGGACCGUAAGAAGAUCCAGUUCUCGGUGCCAGCGCCCCCCAGCCAGCUGGACCCUCGUGCCGUGGAGAUGAUCCGCCGGAGGAGGCCCACGCCAGCCAUGCUGUUCCAGCUCUCCGAGCACUCCUCCCCAGAGGACGAGUCCCUGCCCUACCAGCGCGAGGGCUGCCUGCUCAAACCAAAGAGGACCAACCCGUGUGCCUACACCCCGCCCUCGCUCAAAGCGAUGCAGCGCAUCGUGCAGUCCCACCUGGAGAGCGGCCUGGCCGGGGGCGACAGCUCGGACGGGGAGGCUGAUGACGGGGACCACGAGCUGGCCCGCGCCUGCGACCCCGACAGUGCCCUCGAGCCUGCCCCCGGGAGCCAGGGCAGGGCCGAGAGGAGCUUCUUCCCCGCGGGCCCCAAGGCACACAAACGGAAAGGCGGGCAGAAGGUGUCCUUCGCCGGUGGCAUCGAGGAGCGCGGGGAGGACCUGAAGUCCCUGACGGUGUCGGAGAUCCCCGAGGACCCUGAGGGAGCGGAGGGCGAGGAGGAGGAGCUGGGGCGGGAGCCGGAGGACGGCGGCACCGGCGGCACGUGGGGUGUCACCUCCCCCGCCCCCGGGGGCACCGGUGGUCACCACACCUGACCCACCGGCCCUGCCCCCCCUCCGCCCCGAGCCCCGGCUGCCCCCUCGCCCGCUGCCUGCGCUUCGUCUGCCGUGCCGGGACCCCCACCCCACUUCAUCUCCGGGGGUCCCGGCCCCAUUCCAG